AACUACUCUGGCUUCUAGGAGGAACAGAAGAAAAAAAAAAUGGUUUUCCAAAAAGAGUACCUUGAUUUGUUGUUGGUCCCAAGUGGGCUCUUCAUCAUGUUCACUUAUCAUCUCUAUUUGCUCUAUAGAUACCUUACUAUCCCUCACACCACUAUAAUGGGCUUUGAAAACAAUGACAAGAGAGCUUGGGUUGAAAGAAUCAUGCAGGCUUCAGAUAUGAAAAUUAUAGAUACAGCUCUAAAUGUUUUAGGAUCUAAUAACAGUGCUGCAACAUUCUUAGCAACAGUUUCAUUAUCAUUGAGUUCUCUCAUUGGAGCCUGGAUGGCUAACAACACUCUUUUCACUAGCGUACUAAUUUAUGGUGACACAAGGCCAGAAACAAUGUCAAUCAAGUUCAUAACUCUACUGAUCUUCUUCUUGAUGGCUUUUGCAUGUUUUGUACAAUCAUCUAGAUGCUUCAUUCAUGCAAAUUACUUAAUCACAACACCAGAUACUGAUAUACCAAUUAGUUAUGUUGAAUUGGCUGUUAUAAGAGGAGGUGAGUUUUGGUCACUUGGGCUUAGAUCACUUUAUUUUGCAACUACUAUGCUCCUAUGGUUUUUUGGUCCAAUUCCCAUGUUUGUUACUUCAAUUGGGAUGAUUAUUUUCCUCCAUCACCUUGACAAAAACACGAAGCAAUUGCACGAUCAUCGCGCUUCUAGAACAAGAAAACAGGUUCACAGGAGAGCUGAAGAAGCUACAAACAGGGCAACUCUGCUUUAGGCCAAAUUUCAUUCUGGCUACUACACUUUGGUACAUAAGGAACUUAUUUGUUUAAUUUGUACAAAAAGAAAUGCCAAGUGCUAAUUUUGGUGUUUUUCUUGUAAUAUAAUUUGGUAAAUAAGUUUACUUACAAUCACAACCACCAAAAUCAAGAAUUCAAAAUGUACAAGUUACUAUCAUUAAUUAAGUAUGAAUGUUACUUGUAA